AUGGUCAUGUCUAUGUCGGAUUGGAUGAUCGUGCUGACCUCACUUUGGGAGGUUGGCUUUGAGGCGUAUGCCUUCUUUGCGCAAGGAACCGAAGGCGAUGGAGGCGGCCUGAAAAGUCUGACAAGUCUGAAGAUACUGCGGAUUGUACGCAUAACCCGCAUCGUGAAGGCCGCUCGGCUGAUCCGAAUCUUCCGAUUUGUAAUGGCAUUCCGGCUGCUGAUUGCCUCGAUCAUUGCCACUUUGAAGUCGCUGCUUUGGGCGCUCAUGCUUCUCGCUUUGAUCAUCUACGUCUUCGCCAUCCUGUUGACGCAGGCGGUGCACAGCUAUAAGGCGGACGCUGACAAUGUUCCUCUAUCACCAGCGGACGACGAUGCGAGCGAUCGCUAUUUCGGAUCCCUGGCGCUGACGAUGCUGAGCCUUUUCAUGAGCAUCGCCGGCGGCGUCAGCUGGGAACAGGUGUUGGCACCGCUCAGUGCGAUGUCCGAAGCCUGGAUUUGGGUCUUCCUGUUCUACAUUUCUUUCACGUACUUUGCCGUGUUGAAUGUGGUCACUGCAGUUUUCUGCCAGAGUGCCAUUGAUGGUGCUCAGAACGACCACGCUUCCAAAGUGCAUGCGAUCUUGGCCAACAAGGAGGCGCACCUUGGCAAGAUCAACACCUUGUUCAGCAAGUUUGGUGCUGACGAUGGUGUCAUUACUUUCAAGAUGUUCCAGGAGAAGAUCAACUCGGUGGAAGUGCGCUCUUGGACAAGGAUUCCGGCGGCGCUGUCGAAAUUGAAGAGUUCCUCAUGGGUUGCUUGCGGCUGCGAGGCCAAGCCACGGCAAUGGAUGUCGGAAAGAUUAUCAAUGACCAGCAGUGGCUCAUGA